UGAGCGCUGAAUACUGGCACUGUUCUAAAUCUUGGCGUUAACUUUCUACAAAUUACUGCGCGAUGAACGUUGAUGAACCGAAAUCAAUGACGUGUAAUGAUAUGAUUAGCUUAGAAGAAAAAGUUAAACUUACUUCCGAAGAAAAUAUCGGUUUAAAAUCUUACAUUGAACGUAUGAAUAGUGAAUGCAUGGAACUCAAUGCUACUUUGUUUGAAGAAGCAAACAGAAUGGUCCAUGAAGCCUUAUCUAAAGAACAUUAUGCCGUUAGACAAGCCAAAGAGAAAAUUCAAGAAAAUGAGAUACUUCAAUCGGAAGUUCGUGCAUUAAAAUUGUUGGUUGCUGAAUUAUCAUCAAGUAUAACAAAUCAAAAGAUUAGAAACUCUUUAUAUAAUACAAGGAUGAAAUACGAUAAUAUAGCUUGUAAUAAAUCACCUGAAAUUCAUCGUAAAUUGGGUACAGGUAAUCUUUUGGAACAGAGACGAAAUAAUGCUAAAUAUGGUGGAUUAGAACAAUUCAAUAGACGUGAUCUCUUAACAGCAAUGAUUACACACAGACCAUGUAAAAAUAAUUUAGAUGUUGAUACAUUUGAAGAAUUUCUAGAAUGGAUACAAAAUGAUUGUCCAUUAAAUUUACCUAUGAUAGCAUUUACAGAAUUGAAUGAACAAUUAUUAUGUCAUCAAGAAAACACAAAGAAAGGAGAGAUAAAAGAAUAUACUAGAAAAGAAAUCAAUGGACGAGUGACUAAGAUUAAUAUAUCUGAUCAAAUAUUAGACAAAACAGUUACUAAUAAUCAGACAGAUGAAAACAUUAAUAUUAAUAAUAAUAAUAAUGAAAGGAAUAAUCAUUUAACUUUAUCCAAUAGUUUUGAUGUACACAACUCUGUGAAUAAUAUGGAAAACAUUCCAAAUAGUAAUAAUAACUAUGAUAAUAAUGCUAAAUGUCAAGAGUCUAAUCAUUCUGUUCAUAUAAUCAAAACAACUGAUGUUCUAUUAAAAAAUUCAACUGAAUCAAAUAAUCAUGACACUAUUAAAGAAAUUUCAAAUGAUUCAAUAAACAAUCAUAAUGAUUCACAAGUUAAAACUGAUGAUAAAUAUUUUUCACCAAUAAUCAUAAACUGUAUUAAAACAAAAUCAUCAUUCGAUUCAAAUUAUUUUCCAUUGGAUAAACCUUUAUCCAGAUUUAUAUACCGUUUAUAUUUGCAAGAUAUAAAACCAUGUUUUGAAUUUAUUGAUAAAAAACUUAUCUCUUCAAUUUAUCAAGCAUUACCGGAAUUAGGUUUAGAAAUUACACCAAUUACACCGGAAUUAGGCGGUGGUUUACGUCGGAAUAACGAUAUAAAUGGUGGUGAUAAAACAAUAAAAGUUGUUCAUGAAUACUGCUCAUUAAUGCCAAAAUAUGAAGCUGUGUUUCGUAUGAAAAUUAGAACACCUGAUUCCAAUGAAAUCGAUUGUAAAAUAUCAUUACCAGCAAGAGAUAGACUGGUUGCAAUUGUCAAUCUAUUUCAAUACUUAAGUAUAAUAAAACGUGGUCUAGAUUCUAGUCCGAUGAUUAGUAUUAAUAAAAAGAAUGAUAAUCACUUCAUCAAUUUAAAGAAUUGUAAGAAUUAUCACAAUAAUGGUAAAGAAGCCAUCACAAAGGAAGUUGAGAUACAAGAACAACAAUUCCGUACAAUUCAACGGCAUCGAUUAAAUAUCGCACUAGCUCGACUUGGAUAUGGAACACCAGAUUUAGAGUGAAUGCAGUUGAUUGAUAGCAUUAUUAUUACGAUGAUUGAUUCCUUUCUUGAAUUAUUGCUAAAUGUAUGAAUUCAUUCUGUAGACAUCUAGUUGAGUUUACAUACUACUUUUCCUUUUACAUUUACAUUCCUUAUGUGACUAAUUCAAUACCAUUAACAAUAACUUCCUUGUUCCUUCUAAGAAAGACUUUCUGUCUAUCACCUUUUUUAUACCGUUGAUUUCCACGAAACAUAAAGAAAAAUACAUAUCAGGAUCAUGCGGAAUCGUUGAACACCAUGUACAUAAAUGAAUAGUUGUCUAAUUGAAAUGAAUAAAUCUUUAAAUCAUAAAUUAUAUUCCAAAAGAUUAAGAUUCAAUCAACUGAACAAUUCAAUAAAAAUGUAUAAACAAACAAUUUUUUUCAAAACGACGCUUUACACAUGUAAAUAAAUAUAAACAUACAUUGAAUUUUAUUUAUUUGUAUUGUUUUAUCGAAAUUAAUGAAAUGACGAUUAUUUUCUAUUGGAAAAUAUAAGUAGAUGUGUUUUGUUUUAAAAUA